GCGAUGCUGCAGCGGUUUCUCUCCAAGUGGAGAAGUUACAGACACCGGUUUGUGCCCUGGAUCGCCCUCAACCUGAACAAGAACCAGAGGACACUGCGCUCGGUGAUGGAUGAUUCAUUGGAUAAAGUUAUUUCUGACCAUGUGGUACAGACGUCCCUUAUCCAACUAUUCCACGCUUUGUUUGUGAGUGACUUGAGCAAUCAAACCGAGUUUCUUAACCUGCUGCCGGAAAACAUUCAAUCCAAAUACCAGAACGUCUUACCUCAGUCAAUUACAGAAACUGGAAACGGAAUAAAAGGAAACAGAGUGGAUUUUAAUUCUGGUGACGCAAUGUUUGAAACACUUGGAUUCAGUAUAAAUCGAGCAACGAGUUCACUUUCUCUGGCUGGCAGGGGGGUGUUUGUCACUGCAGGAACAGUGCCUAAAGGAGCAGUUGUUUCCAUGUAUCCCGGAAGUGUCUAUCAACAAUAUAAUCCAAUCCUUUUCCAAUCCAUAUGCAACCCAUUUAUUUUUCGAUGUAUAGAUGGUGUGUUGAUUGAUGGGAACGACAAGGGAAUUUCUAAAGUUAUUUAUAGAUCAUGCAGUAGGCGGGACAGGCUUGGCCCGUAUAAAACAAGUGAUGUGACUUGGCUCACAGAGUCCCCACUCAAUCCAUUGGCUGUGGGUCAGUACGUCAACAACUGUUCUAACGAGAAAGCAGCCAAUGUAUGUUAUCAGGAGUUUGAUGUGCCUGAGGCCUUUCCUAUAGAACUGCUUCAGUACAUCCCAAACGCCAACUAUGGUCAUGAUGUAGAGAGGCCGCUGAGAUGUGUGGUUCUUGUGGCACUCAGAGACAUUGAGAAUGGGGAAGAGCUAUUUUCUAAUUACUACACCAUCGUCCACUGAUAAACCUGGACAAACUCCUUGUUUCACCAUUGUGCCAACCGAUGUGAAGGUUCAUAUUUCAGAGAUUGACCUUUUACUCUCAAUUAUUCCACCACAAUACAACCUUCUAGGUGGUGCGCUGUACAGACAUUUAUAGGCCUGGUGUUAUCUUGAAAAUAAAUACAAUCCUUUUAGAGCA